UGAAAUAAGCACAAAUGCAUAAGUACAGUUACAUUUUCGAACACUGCAGCAGAGAUGACAAACUCCGAGGGCACAGAGACGCUCCUUCUGCAGGUUCCCUGGGACUGGUUAAGACAUCAGAGCUUCCUCGGAUCUCCAUUCUUCCCAGUCUUCUUCUCUCUGUCAGUUUACCUGAGCUGCUGCUUGCCUUACGUUUGCCUGGAUUUGCUCUGUUCCAGACUUACCCUGGUCCAUCGAUUCAAGAUCCAGCCUCAGAGCAAGGUGACAUGGGCGAUGGCUUGGAGGUGUUUGCGCAAAAUUCUCCACAACCAUGUGUGUUUCAUUUUCCCCCUUUCUGUCAUGCACUGGUACUGGAGACCUGUGUUUGCUCCUGCGCUUGCACCUGAGAUGCUGAGCGUUGUUAAGGACGUACUGGCCUGCCUCCUCCUGUUCGACAUGCAGUACUUUCUGUGGCAUCUGCUGCAUCACAAGGUGCCCUGGCUCUACCAUGUCUUCCAUAAGGAGCACCACCUCUACACAGCCACCUUCUCCCUGACGACAGAAAACACAAGCGUGUGGGAGAUGCUGAGCCUCACCUUCUUCACAGGCUUGAACCCUGCUCUCCUGGACUGCCAUCCACUCACCGAGAUGCUCUUCUUCGUCACAAACAUGUAUCUGUCUGUGGAGGCGCACUCUGGCUAUGAAUUCCCCUGGUCUCCACAUAGACUGGUGCCCUUUGGCCUCUACGGAGGAGCUCAGCAUCAUGACAUACACCACCUAAAAUUUAAAGUAAACUAUGCGCCAUACUUCACACACUGGGACAGACUUUUUGGCACACUGAAGAAAGCACGGAGGAAGUUGGGGAAGACUUUAAAGAGGCCAUGAUUGUCAGAGUAUGUGAAGUAUAUUUUUAUUUCUGCUGUUAGCCUUUAAGAAAAGCAACUCAUGAAGAAGACUGACUGAUUUAAUUUAUUUAAAAGACCACUAGAGAUACUUAAAAAACUUUUGAGAAUGAAACACACCCCCUGUUGUCUGUCAUGCUCAAAAAAUAGGUUCAAAUUUUGGAAAACGUCUGUUUUAAUCAAGUCUAUAUUCUUAAUCACAGCAACCUAUACGUACAUUUUACUUUUACUUACUGUUUUACAUCCGGUUGACAUUCUUGUUUACAUUUAGUUUAUCCAUUUUUCAAUUACUACACUUGUCUACCACUAAUGAUUGGUAUUAUUGGUCCGUUUAUCUGACUCCUUACACUUUCCCACCACCAAUUUGAUCAUGCAGCAUGGAAAACAAGACAGGACACAUUCACCCAAUGUUUUUGGAGCACUCACUCAUAUUUUGGUGAUGUCACUUAGGUAACAAUUUGUUUGCACAGCUGCACCCUAGUUAUUACCAGGCUCUGUGGAAGGAAGGAAAUCAAAUCUAGACUUGUAUUUCCAUCUGUAAAUACAAUGUAUGAAGACACAAGGUUUGCACUGAUACUGAUAAUCUUGAAUCUUCCAACCAUGAUUAUUACCACACCCCAAAAAUUAAUUAAA